CUCGGACAUUGAUGCGAGCCGGCCUCCUUGUCCCAUCUGUCCCUCUCCUUCGGAUUCCAUUGCAGGUUUCAAUCGUCAUUCCCAACAACCAUCUCCACCCUCUCGAAGUAAUGUCAAAAGCGGGCUCCUCAGCUGACCGAUUACGACUCUCUUUCUCUUUCUCUCACUCGAGCUCGAUUUAAGGCAGAGGUCCCUCCGUUCUGCAGCCUUCCUGUCGGCACGGGGUGCACAACUCGAUCACCUCUCAGGUCCGUCUUAAGUCCGUCGCAAGUUCAAAACCAGGAAGUGCUUUGGCAACAGCGUACAUCUGGCACUCUCAGUUCGCUUGACCAGUGAUCAUUAUUGCAGUCGGCGCAAUGCCAUCCUUACGGAUCCUGUCUGCUGCUGCCCGGCACAUCACGCAGGCAGGUAGCUCCCGGUUCUCGUCGAGGACAAGAUCGUACGUUUCUUCCGCUUCGCCUUCCUUCUCUUCCGGCUUCAGGUCCAGAAAUGUCUUGAUUGGAACAUGUGCUGUAGUCGCCCUCGCAGCCGUGUAUGGGACAGCCAAGAGUGUCGUCAGGAGUGAUGCGGUUCCGCAGGUGCCAGAGGACCAGCGGCCUCACCCGCUUUGGGUCCCUCCAACUCGCGAGCAAAUGCUCGCCGCGCUGAGGGCCUCCUCUACUGCAUCCCUCCGUCCAACGAGCAAAAAAGUUGCGCAGGAACAGGCGUUUCUGCUUUUACCGGCUGCGGAGGCAGCCUCCUCAAGUCCCUCGCCUUCUGCCGGUGUUCCCCCUGCUUCCGAGCACAAGGAUGCUCUGCGGGGCCAGCUCGACGGUGAUCCAAACGACCAGGGGUUUGAUCUUCUCAUCGUCGGAGGCGGUGCCACAGGCACCGGCGUUGCUGUUGAUGCUGCCACCCGUGGGCUCAGCGUCGCACUUGUCGAGCGAGAUGACUUUGGUGCGGGAACCUCGUCCAAAUCCACUAAAUUGGUGCACGGAGGUGUGCGCUACCUCCAAAAAGCAAUCUUCGAGCUAGACUACGAGCAGUACAAGAUGGUCAGAGAGGCACUACAUGAGCGCAAGACGUUCUUGCACAUCGCUCCGUACUUGAGUGACCAUCUACCCAUCAUGCUGCCGGUAUACAGGUGGUGGCAAAUUCCCUAUUACUGGGCUGGAACAAAGAUGUACGACAUCCUCGCCGGAAGCGAGAACAUGGAAAGCAGCUAUGUCCUCGGCAAAGGCAAAGCGCUUGAUGCGUUUCCCAUGCUCAAGAAGGAUGGUCUCGCAGGUGCUGUCGUCUACUACGAUGGCCAACAUAACGACACGCGCAUGAACAUCGCUCUCGCGCUCACCGCUGUACACCAUGGGGCCGUGCUGGCGAAUCACACCGAGGUCAUCAAGGUGUACAAGCAGCCAUCAGAGAAGCACGGGGGGGAAGAGCGCAUCUCGGGUGUCCGCGUAAAGGACGUGCUCACGAACGAAGAGUGGAAUGUCAAAUGCAAAGGUCUGAUCAACGCAACAGGUCCCUUUAGCGAUACUUUGCGAAAGCUCGACCAGCCCACUGCACAGGAGAUCGUCGCCCCAAGUUCCGGUGUCCAUAUCACACUCCCUGGCUACUAUUCUCCGCGCAGCAUGGGUCUCAUCGAUCCACAAACCUCAGACGGCCGCGUCAUUUUCUUCUUGCCUUGGCAAGGAAACACGAUCGCAGGGACGACGGACACGGCUGCACCUGUCGAAGCGCAUCCCAAGCCCAAAGAGGAGGAAAUUCAAUGGAUCCUGGAUGAGGUGCGCAACUAUCUCAGUCCUGACAUCAAGGUGCGCCGCGGCGAUGUGCUGUCCGCCUGGUCUGGGCUUCGGCCGCUGGUCAAGGACCCAGAUGCGAAGGACACGCAAAGCUUGGUCCGGAACCACAUGAUUAACGUCAGCGCGUCUGGGCUGCUGACCAUCGCAGGAGGAAAGUGGACAACGUACCGCGAAAUGGCUGAGCAGACAGUCGAUGAGGCAAUCCGCGUAUUCGACUUGAAGCCAAAGCGAGGAUGCGUGACCAAGCACACGCGCCUGCUCGGGAGCCACGGAUGGAGCAAGACAAUGUACGUCAAGUUGCUGCAGCGAUAUGGUCUCGAGACAGAGGUCGCGCAACACCUCUCAUCCACGUACGGCGAUCGCGCUUGGAGCGUCUGCUCCAUCGCAGAGCCGACGGGAAAGAGAUGGCCGGUGCACGGCAUCCGCGUCGACCCGCUGUACCCUUACAUCGAGGCCGAGGUGCGCUACGCCGUACGUAGCGAGUACGCGGCGACUGCCGUCGACUUUCUCGCGCGGAGAUCGCGCCUAUCCUUCCUCAACGUCGAAAGCGCCGCGAUGGCGUUGCCGCGUGUGGUGGAGAUUAUGACCGAAGAGCUCGGCUGGGACAAGAAGCGGCAGCAAAAGGAGCUUAAAGAGACGCUCAGUUUUUUGGAGAGCAUGGGUAUGACGCGCGCACGCAUCGACCAGCUGUCGCAGCUCGAUCUGAAGCAGCUCCGCACGCUCCGACAAGGCGACUAUAACGCCAAAGUCGGCAGCCUGGUUGCUGCCAGCAACCUUGACGAGAGGGACUUGCAGGCUAUCUCGAUUGGCAGCCGCGCGCAGUUCAGCAGCGAGGAGAUGGACCAGCUGCACAAGCAAUUCAAUACGCUCGACACCAACUCGGACGGCAAGCUCGACUCACGCGACUUGAAGGUUGUGCUUGACCGUCUUGGGUAUGAGGACAUUAAGGAUGGCCACAUCGCCGCUGCGUUGAACGAGGUGGACUUUAACAAGACAGGCUUCCUUCGCUUCGAGGACUUCCUCGACGUUGUUGGUAGCCUGAAAGACGGACAGAUCGACAACGCGUUCUCGUACAUUGUCUCCUCUACCAGCAGUUGGAAAGACGUAGACUCCGCCAAACCCAAAGGGGGGUCAGACCCUGUAGGCAUCAUGGCGCGAGAAGGUUCUGCACGGCGCGAUGCCAGCCGCAAGAUCCCGACUGAACGAUCUGGUGGCGGAUGGUAGAGCCGCCUGGCGCCGCCAAGCAACUGGCACUUGCCGCAGAACAAGCAUGGUAUCCAUUUUGCAUAUGGCUUGUCUUCAUCCCUGCCCAACCGCUCAUUUGACAAAUGCUAACAUGCAAAUUAGCCUCUAUUCAAGCAUUCAAGCCUUUCCGAGUCGAUCGUCAUCGCUCGCACUUCCUGUAUUCGUACCUGCUCUCCAACCUACUUCAUGCACAAAUCCUU